AUUUAGAUGUGGACGUUUUAACAGAUCAAUAUAUUUUGUCAUUGGCAACCUUUGUGGGGUGAACCUUUACAAAUAAUUGAUAGCUAUAAUUGGAGAUGAUAAUUAUACAUAGAAAGUAAAAAGGAAUAAGUUAGAUAUCAGUACGGAAGUAAAAGAGAAAUUUGAAAACUUAUGAAAUGGGAAUAAGUGUAAAUGUGUAAAUUAUCAUGUUAAAAUGAUUGUGAAACGAAAUUGGGGGAAUAGAUCAGUUUAGAUAACGCAUUUGAAUAAAAUUUCUACAAAAUGGCUACUGGUAAACAAAUAGAUACGGAUAUUCUUUCCGAUGAAAUAUUUGAUGUAUUAUGUUCAAUGUGUAAAAAUAAAGGGAAAAACACUGAAGGUGAAAAAUUCUGUGUAGACUGUAAGGAUUAUUUCUGUAUAACUUGUGUUCAAGUACAUGGUCAAGUGCCUCUGUGUGCUAGUCACAAGGUGCUGGAUAAAUCACAGGUCAAGUCAGGAACCAGCAAAGGUCUGCCGAGGGCACCAACAGAGAGAUGUGACAGACACAGUCAUAAACACAUUGAUAUGUACUGUCAGAACCAUGAUAAUGUUGGCUGUUCUACAUGUAUGGCAGUUGAUCACAGAUUUUGCAAGGAUACAUUCUACAUACCAGAGUUUAUCCAAAAAAAUACAAACCAAGUUGAAUCCAGACAAAUUCAAACAAAACUCAAGGAAAUAGCCAAGACCCUUGCCAAACAAGCUGAUAGAUUUAAACAGGAUAAACAAAGACUGUUGAAGAGGAAAGCAGAACUACUGGCUGAUAUUAGAAAAUUCCGACAAGAAAUCAAUGAUCAUCUUGACAAGCUGGAGAAAUGUUCUUUAGAUGAGAUAGAAGAUAAAGUUAAAAGUCUUGAAGACAGGAUUGAAGAUAGUCUCAAACAGCUACAAGCAAACAAGUCCAGGGUUACAUCAGCUAAUGAUAAAUUAGCAUCUUCAAUCACAAAUCAAUCUGAAGUGUUUGUUUAUGUUAAGAUGGCAGAGGAUGCUGCAAAUGUUGCCAACAAAUAUAUAGAAGAUGCAAAAUUUAAUAGUACUGUGGAAGGCAUAGAUUUGCAACCUGAUAGAACAAUUCUUACACAACUACAACAAAAGAAAACCCUAGGCAUACUUUCAGAGAAAAUUACAAAGACUGCUGUCACUUUAUUUCAGAUUAAAGGAAAUCAAUCAUAUAAUGUACAAGUUAAGUCUGAUAAAAUAAUUUGUAAUAUCCACAGUGUCAGCUGUAUGGAAGAUGGUACAAUAAUUCUAGCUGAUUACAACAACAACAAGCUUAAACGGUUACACAGUUACAACUAUACUGUAACUGACGAUUGUGAUCUACCUUCAGAGCCACAUCAAGUAUGUAUGAUAAAUAACACACAAGUGGCAGUAACUGUACCAUCAAAAAAGGAAGUUCAUUUCAUUUCUCUAGAAAGACAAAUGAAAACAACAAACAAGAUUAAAACUGAUUUUAAAUGUUAUGGACUUGCAUAUGCAAACAAGAAUUUAUAUAUUUCAGAUGACACAUCAGUAUAUAUGUAUACAUUGUCUGGUAGGAAACUUAAACAGUUCAGUAAGGAUCAAUCAGGACAUAAACUAUUCUCUGACAUAUGCAGAAUAGCUGUUAGUCAGGAUGCUACAAGGAUUUAUGUUGCUGACUAUUGUAAUGGACUGAUAGUACUGGACAACAAUGGUCAGGUUAUUACAUCAUUUAAUGAUGGACAAUUACAGGGGUCGAACUGUUGUUACCUCACUGAAGCAGGAAAUGUGCUGGUAUCUGGAUAUCUCUCCAAUAAUGUUUUACAGUUUACAUAUGAGGGUGAGCUGAUAGGAGAGGUUAUAAAAGCUGAUAAAAGAAAGCGGGGAAUUAAGUCAGUCUGUUGUAAUCAACAAAUGACUAAGAUAUAUAUAGGAAGACCGGCAGAUGAAAUUGAAGUGUAUGAUAUCUGAAUAAAAUUUUUAAAGAACAUCCUGAUUCAUAUGUAAAAUUCAAUAUUCGAAAAUAAAUGUCAAAAGAAUAAAUAAAUUGAAUAUGAGAAGUAUAUAAAUAUGUUCAAUAUGUAAUGCUACUCAAAGUUUAAUUCAUUGUGAGAAUACAUUAAUUAUUUUGUGAAAACUGAAAUUGAUUUAUCAUAAACAUUAUAU